CUUCUGAAGACAAAAUAAGAGCUGGGCUUUGCCGUUCCCUCCGGCUUAUUAGCAGAUCUGCUCUCUCUCUUCUCUUCCCCAGAAGGUUUUCUUUUUCUCCAUUUGAAUAUACUUGUGACUCGCAAUCAAUCAUUUCAAAUAGGUCUGUGAAGAUGUAUACAUCGAGGAAAAAGAUCCACAAGGAUAAGGAUGCUGAACCUUCAGAAUUUGAAGAGUCUGUGGCACAGGCCUUGUUUGAUUUGGAGAACACCAACCAAGAGCUCAAAAGUGACUUGAAGGAUUUGUACAUCAAUUCAGCUAUCCAAAUUGAUGUCUCAGGAAAUAGGAAAGCUGUUGUAAUCCAUGUGCCUUACAGACUGAGAAAAGCUUUCCGAAAGAUUCACGUUAGGCUUGUCAGGGAGCUGGAGAAGAAGUUCAGUGGGAAGGAUGUGAUUUUGAUUGCAACCCGUAGGAUUCUGAGGCCCCCAAAGAAAGGUUCUGCUGUUCAGCGCCCCCGCAGCAGGACUCUAACUGCUGUGCAUGAUGCCAUGCUAGAGGAUGUUGUUGUCCCUGCUGAGAUUGUUGGGAAGCGUGUUAGGUAUCGCAUUGAUGGAUCUAAGAUAAUGAAGGUUUUCUUGGACCCCAAGGAAAGAAACAACACAGAAUACAAGCUAGAGACCUUUGCUGCUGUUUACAGAAAGCUUUCUGGCAAAGAUGUCGUGUUUGAGUUCCCAAUGGCGGAAGCUUAGAUUUAGUACCAGAUUAUUUUGUGUAGAUCUUUAAGAUCCUACUUGGUGCAACUCUUUUGAAAUUUUGAUGCUCAAAUUUAUGUUUUAGAAUAUGCUGAACUUGUGACGCUUGCCAACGAGUUUUCUUUCUUUUCAAUAUAUAGCGGUUGUUCUGGGAUUCUGAAUGGUUGAAGAAGUUUUUCAAUUCUUUGCAAUGGAAUCGUCAGGCAAUCCUCUCACUGCUGAAUAUUA